AUGUCUGGCAGGCCAUUUUCCAGUCCCGCUGGCGCCAACGACUUCCUCAACUUUGAGGCUCCGUCGUACGGCCAAUUCAGCGCGGAUUCAAAUGGCUCUGGCAAGAUGUCAGGCACAGGUUUCGGCUCUUCGGCUGGCGUGAAGGGUGGUGAUCAGUCCCCUUCAGGUGUGCCACCGUCAGACUCCGCUUCGAGCACUUUUGGCCGGCCAAAGGAGGACAACUAUCUGCUCAAGGGCAUCGAGUUCGUGAAGAGCAGUGCAUCAAAUAUCCAGAAGGGUUUCGGCGAUUCGACUAGAAGCAACAGCUUAUUUGGAGGCGACAGUGGGCUGCUUGGCACUGAUACAGCCUCCACGGCGCGCUCGUCGCUCUCUGCGCUGAUGAAUGUUGGCCGUUCAGUUAUCGGUUUGUCCGGCGGCAACGAGGAGCCUCAGACGUGGCUGAACUACACAAACUACAAGAUAUUCGUGCUUCUAUUCAUUACGAGUCUCCUGUUCUUCGCACUCUCCUUCAUGACUCUCCCGUUCAUCGUUUUCGCGCCACACAAGUUCGGACUUCUGUUCACGUGCGCCACCAUCAGUUUCAUGUCCUCCCUGGCGUUUUUGAAGGGAACGGGGGCUCUGAUGGAGCAUAUGCUUAACUCUAAGCGUAUCGUGUUUACGGGGGCAUUGGGUACAUCGUUGGUCGCUACUUUCGUCUUCACCACCAUCUACCCGAUCUACCUGCUGGCAUUUAUCAGCUCCCUGGUACAGACGCUGACACUGGCAUCUGUCAUUCUAUCGUAUAUCCCAGGUGGCGCCGGGGCCCUGAAGCUGAUGUAUUCAUCAGUGUGGGAGUUUGUGAAAAGCAGGACGCGUGGAAGCGGAUCUACAACUCUUCCGUUGUGA